CGUCAGGAUUAGGUGAGAGGGCACCGGGCACUGGGAGGGUGGCUGGAGAUGCAGACUUUGACAUGAAUGUAGUGGAGAAUUAAGAAAAAUUGCGGAAAAUGCCAGGGCGGACUGUGACAGAGGAUCUGAUGCAGGGCUGCAUGGACAAUAUUCCAUGUAUGCCCUCAUCAGCAAUCCGUGUGUUUUUCAGUUCUACCUUCACAGAUAUGACAGAGGAGCGCAAUUUAGUGAUGAGGACUGUUGUUCCUGAAAUUAAAUCUUUCUGUCAAGACAAAGACCUCACUUUUGAGGUUGUGGACAUGCGGUGGGGUGUGAGAGAAGAUGCGUAUGCUGAUCACCAGACCUGUGACCUCUGUAUCGCAGAAAUUGAAAAAAGCGAGCGCGCAUCUUUAGGCCCAAACUUUGUGGUGUUUGUCGGUGACAAGUAUGGAUCAAGACCACUGCCAAGUGCAAUACCUGUCACAGAGUUCAGACUUUUCCGGAGGAUUGCUUCGUGGAUGGACAUCAAAUUUGAGACUGUUGAGAAAUGGUAUCUCCUAGAUACGAACUCAGUACCACCUGUGUAUCAAAUUCAACCCAUCACGACUUUACUGCCAUACUUCAAUAACAUGAAUCCUGUCAACAAAACAAAGAGGCUUGUGCAUGUUCAAAACUGGGAGAGUGAUGAACGAAAUAUGAAAAAUGUGUUCCGAAAAGUGUCAGUCAUUGCCCUGGAUCAGAAGAAAAUCACAAGGGCAGCUUGUGAAAAGUACUUCAUAUCAGUGACAGAGUGCGAGGUGGAUAAAGGGAUCUACACGUACUCAAAACUGAAAGACCGUACCCUCUGCUUUGAAAGGACGCUGACCAGUAUCAACAUAGAAGAUUCUAUAGCCAAGCGUUUUAUCGACUUGUCUCCGGACGGUGAAAUUGACCCUGAAGCACGGGACCUGAGGGAAAAAAUGAAAUCUGAAAAACUUCGCGACUGCUUGCCAGAGUCCCAGCGGGUUCAAGACACCGUUUGCUGGUCAGACAAGGGCAUUGACCCGGAGAAUCCCGAACACGCCCAUUACUUGGAGACUUUUUGUGAGACUUUCAAGAAACUGUUGCUGGAACAGAUCAAACUGGCAAUAAGGGAAACGGCUGAGGACAAGAUCGAGAACGCUCUUUCUGCCGAAGUCGUGCGUCACAUGAUGCACUGCAAGCUCCGGAGUCAGUGUUUCUUUGGUCAAGGAGAGGUCAUCAACCAGACGUAUAAAAUGCUUCAUAAGAUAUUCAGAAUUAAAGGCAUGGGCCAAGAGGAGGAGGAAGAGGAUCAAGAAAAAGAAGAAAAUCCUGUGGAGAAAAGUGAUGAAAAGGAGGAAAGUAUGGAUGAGAAUGCCAAUGAAGAGGAUAACAAAAACGAUGAGGAUGUUGUUAAUGAAAGCAAUGAGGAACAAAAUAAUCUCAGUGUAAGGAGCAAUAAUGUUGAAGAAGACGUCAGAGAUGAUGAUGAGAGUAAACUGAAGGAAGAUGAGAAUGAUACAGAUGCUGACAAGGAUAUUCAAGACAAAGAGCAAGAUGAAGAUGAUGAUGAACAGAAACCUGAGCAAACUGAACACGAAAAAAAGGUACAAGAAAUAAUUGCUUCUGUCACAGCUCAUUACGAACGGUUGGGUGAGCGGGCUCCUACUUUCAGCAUCGGUGACCUUGCUGAUGACACAGCGUCGGACCCGACCAGAGACAUGAAACAAGAACUCAUAACGUUCGACAUGACCAAGAGGUACCGACGUCCUGUUGUCGUGACCGGCGAAGACGGCUGCGGUAAGACAACUAUCGUGGCCACAAUGGCAAGACUGCUGAAAACCUGGCACCCACCAGCAGUUCUCCUGAUUCGUUUUCUUGGUUCAACAGCUCGUUCAGAUAACGUCCGGAGCCUUCUCAUCAACCUCAUAGAAAACAUCUGGUCAGCCUACAACAUGAUCAGACCUACAGACAUAGACUUUGCUGAGGACGUUAUUUAUCUGGGUCAGUACUUGCAGGCGCUCAUGUGGAAAGUGAGCUGCGAGUCGAAACCUCUGUACAUACUUUUGGACUCUUUAGACUUUCUACAACCAGGAGAACAAGCUCAUGGGCUGGCCUGGCUACCAACAACGCUGCCUUUACAUUGUGGUGUUCUCGUGACUGUGGCAAAGACGAGCCAGGGCUGCCUGAAGAGCGCCAGGAGGAUUUUGCCGUUUGAGGCUCUCUUUAUUGAGAUCCCACCCUUGAGUGAAGAGGCCGCCGACAAAGUGGUCAGUGCCACUUUAAACAGGAACAGCCGAGAACUGGCAAGACCACAGAGGAACUUUCUCUUGGAGAAAUACCGAGAGUGGCCGAACCCCUUGUACCUGAAGCUGAUCACCGACCUGUCGAUGUCGUGGCGGUCCCACCAGCAGGUGAAGGAUCUCAUCCUGGGCUCCAACACAGAGCACGCCGUGAUUCACUUGUUCAUGUUGACCGAGAGGAACCACGGCAUCGUCCUCGUGUCCAAGGCCUUUGGCCUCCUGUCGUGCAUGAAGAGAGGUAUCCUGUACCAGGAGAUGGAAGACAUGCUCUCUCUGGCCGAUGACGUCCUUCAUGAUACAUACAUCCACCACCUCCCCCCCGACCCAGAACUCAUCCGCCUGCCCGGAUCCAUCUUGUCCCGCGUCCAUUCGGAUAUCUCUGAGUACCUGGCUAUGGCUGAUGAUGGGUUUGGUUCACUGAUCUCUUGGUACCACCCUCAGUUUAAGGAGAUUGCAAAGGAGAGAUAUGUAACAGACGAGUUACGAAGACCCCUGCAUCGCCUGGCAGCCCAGUACUUCAUGGGCUUCUGGCACCAGAAGGUCAAGCCUCUCAGGCUGGAUAAGGUCAAGACAGGAUGGUACCCCGACAACACCAGAGGGGUUCCAGAGCAGUCGUUGUACCUCAAGAACGGCAAGGCCAACGUACGGAAACUUGUGGAGCUACCACACCAUCUGGCCUGGGCUGGCAUGUGGAAAGACUUUCACCGAGAGAUAGUUUGCAAUGUGGAGUGGCUGGUUGCGAAAGUAAAACACGUUGGAGUGACCGACCUCAAGGCUGACCUCAUGAUGAUGUUGAAACACAGAGCUUCCCUCUCAGAGGAGGACGAUGUAGAUGAGGUGGACCUCUCUCCAGAGGAAGAAGAAGAAAAGAAGAAUGCUGAGGCCGCGUUGGAAGCGAAACCAGCCGACGAGGAGACGGAAGAAGAUCAGCAGGCAGAAGAGGAAAAGAGACCUGAAGAUGAGAUUUUGUUUCUGACGGAGAGCGGGAAACAAGACCCGACUGUGAAGGAGGAGGAGGUUGUGGAGGAGGAGAAGGAGGAGGAUCAGAGUGUGUCCACGAUCACAGAGGCAGAAUAUGUUCCCGAUCUGGUCACCGCUCUCAAAGACGUUGAGAUUCUGCUGGACAUCAUCAAUCUGGGUAUUGACAGUAUCCGUCAUGACGCCUACAGCUUGCCAGCACAGAUUAUAUGCCAUCUUGGAAAAGACAGACCAACAUCUCCAGGUCUGAGAAAACUGGUGACAGAUUCCUACAGGUGGAUCUCCGACAACCCCAUGCAGAUGUUCUGUCCUGUGGAUGCCUGUCUGGCUCCACCUGGGGAGAUGCUGCAGUCCACGUUCAAUAUAGACGUUGUCCUGCCUGAUUCAGACAGAGAGCACGACUACCCCAUCGAGCUUGACGCAGAUGAGAACCAGCUGUUUGUGAUCCAGCAGAACGUCCGGCGCACGGAUACGCUGAUCGUGCUGGACCUGAGCCAGGGCGGGGAGCGGGUCAUGAUAGAGGACACUAAGGCCUACGUCCACUCUUUCCGACUGAACGGGAACAAGAAGUUCCUAAUUCUGUGUGUCUACAAGAGUUUAGAUUCCUUCAAUCCCUCCUACAAAUACAAACUCUACGAUGUGGGACAGUUUUCCUCGUAUUUUUUGGAAAAAGAAGCUUCCUCCAUGGAUGUUACAAAUAAUGGUGACAUCGUGGCAUACGCGGAUGAACGCACCUGCUACAUCUGCUCCCCCAAGCGCGAGGAGCGGAGCCUGGAGAUCAUUUACCGCCUGCACCACACAGAGACCAUCACCAACAUCAGGUUCUCACCGGACGCCUACUAUCUCCUGACUUUCAACCCCGAGGACGCUUUUAGAGUGUGGGUUCCUCGCCGUGGAGAGUGCACCUUUGCCGUAGAAGCGGACCAGAAGAAGAAGAGUCGGUUUUCCCUGACGGAGACUUCGGGGAAAGUUGUGCACAUCACGGCAAACCAGCGGCUGCUGCAGGUAAUGUCCGACGUGAAGCAAAAGUCCACCCUCAAGAUCCACGACCUGUCCACUGGGAAUGUCCUGCAUGAGCUGAGCAGCCCAGAGCUGAGUCAUUUCUACCAGAUCGACUCCCUAGAUCUGGACGAGGGAGAAGAGUUUGUUCUAGUCUCCACACAACAAGUCGAAGUCGUGGGUGGGAACCGUUCAAAGUCAGCUCUCCUGUGGGAUGUUGAGACCGGCAAGCUAGUGUCGCGGGUCGGCAGCGAGAAGCCAUUUGACGCCACCAAAGUUCUCAUCAGCAACAACAUCGUCUACAUCCUGGCCUGCUUCUUCAAGGACACCAAUGUAUACGUGUACAGUGUCGGGCCAAGGCACAGGAUGCUGGCGGGGGCAAAACCAAUCAGGAAGAUUGAUCGACACAGCAAGUCAGUUCUGCAGCUGUUGCUGUGUUUCAGUGACACCGAAGCCGGGGGUUCGGAUCGACUGAUUUCUGUCGGAGCUGACAAUUCCAUAAAAAUCUGGGACUUGGAUCAAGUGCUGAAACCCGAAUCAAAGACAAAGAAAGUUGAUAUUGGCGCCUCAACAUGCCUUGCUUACACUAAAGAGUGUGAUGCCGUUUUCUUCGCCACGGACAAAGGCUUCAUCGUGCGGCACAGUUGCAAGGACGACUGCGAGAGGAAAACUCUGACCUCGGAGCUUGAGGGCGCGGUGCACAUCAUGCUCAUGUCCAAGAACGGCCGGUACCUCAUCGCUGCUGUCGGAAACAUGAUCUAUGUGUAUUAUCACGAAACAGGUGAACUGGAAUACUCCCUGGAGUCGUGCUGUGCUGGGAAGAUCAGCUGUAUGGCUGAGAACAACAAUGUCCUCAUUGCCGGCCACUCUGGCAUGGAAGGAAAAGGAAGGAUCUGGGAUCUCUCAAAUGGCAGGGCUCUGAAGGACGUGUCCUACCUGUAUUCCUUUUAUGAGACAGCUGUCAACCCAAGGGGCACACAGUUUGGCAUCACCAUGUUUGAGUACCCUAUCAUGAUUGAUGUGUUCGGGAGUGGAGCGGAGCCCAGCAAUAUCUCCAUGGAGCAGGUGGACUCCAUGAUGUCGCCGUGUACACACUUGGCCUUCAGUCAUGACGGAGCCAUGCUGGCCUCAGCCAGUAAAGACGGGAGGAUAAGAGUCAUCGAUACGGAAACAGGAAGAUAUUUACACACCAUGAUGCAACAAUCGUGCAUCACCGCCAUGCUGUUCUCCUGGGACAACCAACUCCUGUACACAGCCGGCUACCGCUCCGUCUACCUGUGGUGCAUCGGCCCCGAGCACUCGCCGGAGAAGCAAGGAAGUCUGGAGGUCAAGCUGACGCGACAUGCCAACUUCAUCACGUGUAUGCAGCUGCUCCGAGAUGACCGCUACCUCGUGACCGCCUCCCUGGACAAAACCAUCGUGCUGUGGAGCCUGAAGACGCGCACCGCUAUCUGCUCCUUCCGCACUCACAAUCCGGUGGACACCAUGAAAGUGGCGGCAGAUCUCUCCAGCAUUUCCUACAUCCCCGACCGAUCGUCCAACGUUGCUGUGCUCAUGCUGAACAAGACUGGUCAGGAGGUUCUGUCCGGAGUACCUAAGGUUCCCGUUCCUCCCAAGGUGAAGAAAGCUCAGUCUGUGGCUUUCACCUUUUCAAGCCAGCAAGUGACCACAAAGACAUCCACUGCUUGUUCUAUUUUAUAACAAUGCAUUUCCUGCCCGUAAAUCAAAAACUCAGUUUGUUGAAUUUACUUUUGUAAAUUCCUCAAGUUGCAUUAUUCAGCCGAGAUUUUACAAUGUUGUAUUCUCACAUAAAGUGCUUAUUGGAACUUUUUGCCCUGGUACAAUAUGCCUUCCCUAAAAAUAUCACAUACUAUUUAUAUUCAAACUUGAGAUUGGACCAUUUGAACUUUAUACAUAAUGUGCAUUGCUAUUUCACUCCUUUCACCAGUCAAAGUAAAAAGGUACCAACAAAAUGUUCGUCACUUUAAAAAGAUUUUGAACCAAGCCGUUUCGUAGAUUUUCCUUCUUGUAAUGAUAUUCAGCUUGUCAAAAAACGUUGUUUGAUUGUUGUUGAAGGCAGAUUGUUUUAAAAAUAUUGUGAUCUUUAUAUUCAUUUUCACAUGUGGGUUUUUUUCCCUGUGUGUUUCUUGUAUCAUACUGAUUUCCAAGCUCAAACUGUGAUACUUUGUAUUGCUUUAAAUUAUAUAAUCUGUGAUGGGCAUGAAUAACCCUGUCAAAAAGGCAAGGAACUACAGAAUUAAUCAGCAUUGUAAAAUCAAUGUUAUUUACCUGAGAAAAAAAUUCUCUAAGCACCAAGGCUAUAAAGGAAGAGGAAGGCAAUGCAAAAGGUGGAUUGAGGGUGUCGAGGAAACC